AUAUAGAUAUCAUAAGAAACGCAUUCGUUAUUUCAUACGUCUUUUAUUGGCAUGGAAAAUAUCAUAAAUAUAACAGCGUCGUAUACGUCAGUAUACGACGACGAAACAGCGAAAACUCUCCAAAAUAAUUUUUCACGAAUUAAAGAGGAAUGUUAUUUGGAUCAUGCCGGAUCUACUUUAUAUUCAGACACACAAAUAAAAAAUGUUGCUGCUGAUUUGCAUAAUUCACUUUAUGCUAAUCCACACUCUGUUGGGACUGCAAGCAAUUUAACACAAGAUAUCAUUGAACAGAUGAGAUAUCUGAUCUUAAAUCAUUUUCAUACAUCUUCUGAAGAUUAUACUGUCAUAUUUACAUCAGGUGCAACUGCAUCCCUGAAGAUUGUAGCUGAUGCAUUCCUGUUUAAUACAGAGAUGACAAAUAGUACAAUGUUACAGACAGCACAUUUUGUUUAUACACAAGACAAUCACACAUCAGUUCUUGGUAUGAGAGAAGUUGUUACUGCAAAAGGAGCAAAAGUAACUUGCUUGAGGCACAAUGAAACUUUCGAAAUUUUUCAUUCUCCCAUGUCCCCACUGACCUGUUCAGAACAAAAAAGCAACUCACUUUUUGUGUAUCCUGCUCAGUGUAAUUUUUCGGGGUUAAAGUAUCCUUUAGAAUGGAUUAGUGAUGUACAUAAUGGAAUUCUAUCAGGUAUAACUUCUGACACAUCUACUAAGUGGUAUGUCCUGCUUGAUGCUGCUGCGUUUGUGUCAACAAAUGACUUAGACUUGUCCAAAUACAAGCCAGACUUUGUGUGUCUGUCUUUUUAUAAAAUGUUUGGAUAUCCUACUGGAAUUGGUGCAUUAUUAGUCAAGAAUACUAGUGCAAAUGUACUGCACAAGAUCUAUUAUGGCGGUGGUACUGUAGAUGUUUCACUGAGUUCUGAAAUGUUUCAUAUCAAGCGUCAAAGCCUACAUCAAAGGUUUGAAGAUGGCACUGUACCAUUUCUCUCUAUAGCAUCACUAAGACAUGGUUUUGAUAUACUAUCAUCCAUUACCAUGCAGAAGAUUUCACAACAUGUAUUUUCACUUGCACAAUUUGUACAUAACUCCUUGUUAACAUUACAUCACAGUAAUGGAAAGCCAGUUGUAAAACUAUACUUCGAUACAGCUUAUGACAGUUGUGACUUUCAGGGAGGCAUUGUUACAUUUAGUAUUAUACGUUCUAACAGUGAAUAUGUAGGCUAUAUGGAAGUUUUAAAUAUGGCAGCUCUAUUUAAAAUUCAUCUUAGAACUGGUUGUUUAUGCAAUCCUGGUGCAUGUCAAAGACAUUUAGGAUUAUCAAACGAGGAAGUUCUUCGGAACUAUGAUGCAGGAUAUGUUUGUGGAGGAUCCACAGACUUAAUAAAUGGCAGACCAACAGGAGCUGUAAGAGUUUCAUUUGGAUACAUGUCUACAUUUAAAGACGUACAGACUCUGUUAGGUAUGAUUAUAGAAUGUUUUGUAGAUGGACCACAAAUAAUUAAAGUUCCUGACUGGUGGCCGAAUAACAGAAUAACAUUACACACAAAAUAUAUUCGACAUAAUAUAAAUGGAAUACAAAACACACAUAGCAUACAAAACAAUAAUAGUAAUGGAAUCACCAAUCAAUUGAAAAGUAUCAAAGAUUCAGCGAAUUAUAUUAUCAAUGACAGUCAAUUUUUCAAUCUGAUAUCAGACAAUAUGGCAACUAAGAAGAAGUGUAUCUUAGAACAAUUGUACAUAUUUCCAAUUAAAUCAUGUGCUGCAUAUAAAAUAAUAGGUUCCUGGAGUUUAAACUCUAAAGGUUUAGAGUAUGAUAGAGAAUGGAUGAUCAUUAGAUCCUCUGGUACUUGUUUAACACAAAAGCAACAUAUCAAUUUAUGUUUACUGAAGCCAGUUAUAUUUACAGAAAAAAGGGUUAUGCAAUUAAGUUAUCCAGGAAUGCCUGUAAUAAGUGUUCCGUUAGAUAAUACACCUGUAAAUACUGUAGAAGGAACAAUAUGCCAAAGUAGAAUUUGUGGACACAAAGUAGAGGGUGUUGACUGUGGUUCAGAUGUUUCUGAAUGGUUAAGUUUAGCAUUAGGAUUACCAAAUUUAAAGCUUUUAAGGCAAAGUAACUGUGAGACAAAAAAGAAAGAACUAUCAUUUUCUAUGCAAGCUCAAUAUCUGUUAAUAAACAGAGCAAGUGUAUCAUGGUUGAGUGAAAAAAUCAGUGACACAGAAGUUCAGAAAGAUACAAUUAUACAUAGAUUUAGAGGAAAUAUGAUAUUAAGUGGCUGUGAAGCUUUUGAGGAAGCACAAUGGAAAAAUAUUUGUAUUGGAAAACAUAAUUUUGUGGUAACAGGACCAUGUACGCGGUGUCAGAUGAUAUGUAUUGAUCAAACCACAGGGAUAAAAACUGUAGAACCGUUACGCACACUUGCUGAACAAUUUCAUGGAAAAUUAAGGUUUGGCAUUUAUUUAACAAAAGAAUCUAAAGAAGAUGGAAUUAUCAGUAUUGGAGAUAAUGUUUGUAUCUUAUGA